AUGCUGCAGAGGUUUAUACAAUCGCAAUGUUUGAUACUUCAGUUGAAAGUGGCCUAUAAAAGUGCUUCUGUGCCGAAUGAAGCUAUGGUCCAGCAAGCGUUGACCUGGGAGCUGCAGAAACUGGGUAACGUUCUGUACUCUAGGUCCAACGCUGCGGCAUGGCAGAAAAGCUUCAACCGAAGCCAGCCCCAUGUUGACCUAGUGGUCUCCAACAAAAACCUAGACGCUCUUUCAAAUGUGCUAUUCAAUUUGCGAGGGUUAACGCUGCCGGUGCGUGGCCGCAAUCCACAAACACCCGCCUUUGUAGACCCGUUUUUGUCGCUGAAGGACUACGAGUCCUUGCAAGAGCUGUUUGAAGAGCUAAAGUCAGUAUGGGUCAAAAACGAGCAUCGCAGGCGAUCUGGAUCCCGAGAUCUAGAGCCUUUCACCAAUAUAGGGCCAUGGUGCUUCAAAAGCACACCCGUUAGCCAAAUAAAGACAUCGGCUGCCACGUCAUUGGAGACACCGCCGGCUUUAUACACAAAAGAAGAAUCAACAGAGUCAGACGGCCAGUCCCAUGGAAGCCGCUUCUUUGACUUUAGCAGAUGGCAGCCCAAGCAUGAAGAAGAUGUCAGAUUGGAAAAUAAGCCUGAGGUGGAAGCCUUUUUCGAAUAUGCGAAAGGCCAACUGGCAACUGACGCACGACAUGUUUAUCUAGAACCGGUUUUGUACUCGGAUUUCGAUUCUCUUCCUAGAGAGCUGCAAGAAUGGAUGGACGAUUCAGUCACAGACUCAACACUUACGCAACCUGAUUCUGAGGACGAGACGCGUCGACUCGACUUCCUACUACACGGAUUCAAGGGAUUCGACAAAUGA